UCGUUGGGUCACCGGUCUUUAGGCACCAUGGCUGCCUUGAUGGUUCUCCUGGUUCUGCUGUGGCUCGGUGUCCCGACAAGCUCAAAGGUCGAUCUGCAAAAGAGAGUCAUCGGGGGUCAACGAUGCAGACAGGAUGAGCGCCGUUAUCAUGUUCUCUUAAAAACAGAAGACAGUAAGGGCAAAAGUUUUUGUGGAGGCUCUCUACUGCGUAACGGCUGGAUCCUGACUGCAGCUCACUGCUGGAAAAGUGGACGGACCGUUGAUGCAUUUUUAGGAUUCCACAUGGAAACAUGACUUGAUGCUGCUGAAGCUCCCUGACACGGCAACGAUUCCAGCUGGAGUGACAACGAUCGAUCUUCCUGACUGCUCAAACCAGCCUAAGAU